GGCCGCUGCGUCCUGCUACAGACCCUGCCCGCCACCGAGUUCGCCAGCAUCAACGGCGACGUGCGGCUGCUCACCCCCGACGUGGUGGAGGGCUGGUCGGACCUGGUGCAUUGCCCCUCGCAGCGCCUGCUCGACCGCCUGGUCCGCCGCUACGCUGAGACCAAGGACUCGGGCAGCUUCCUGCUCCGCAACCUUAAGGACUCGGAGCGCAUGCAGCUGCUCAUCACGCUGGCCUUCAACCCGGAGCCGCUCGUGCUGCAGAGUUUCCCAUCUGAUGAAGGCUGGCCAUUUGCAAAGUACCUGGGAGCAUGUGGAAGAAUGGUGGCUGUCAACUAUGUUGGAGAAGAAUUGUGGAGUUACUUCAAUGCACCGUGGGAAAAACGAGUUGACCUGGCGUGGCAGUUAAUGGAAAUAGCAGAACAACUGACAAACAAUGACUUUGAAUUUGCACUCUACCUCCUUGAUGUCAGCUUUGACAACUUCGCAGUUGGCCCUAGAGAUGGGAAGGUUAUCAUUGUAGAUGCAGAAAAUGUUCUGGUGGCAGACAAAAGGUUAAUCAAACAGAAUAAACCUGAAAACUGGGAUGUAUGGUACGAGAGCAAGUUUGAUGACUGUGAUAAAGAAGCUUGCUUGUCCUUCUCGAAAGAAAUUCUUUGUGCUCGUGCCACUGUGGACCACAAUUACUAUGCUAUUUGUCAGAACCUUUUAUCAAGACAUGCCACCUGGCGUGGCACUUCUGGAGGACUACUUCAUGACCCUCCACCUGAAAUUGCCAAAGAUGGCCGACUUGAGGCCUUGCUGGAUGAGUGUGCCAACCCAAAGAAGCGAUAUGGUAGAUUCCAAGCUGCAAAAGAACUACGUGAAUACCUUGCACAAUUAAGUAAUAAUGUGAGGUAGUCCAUUGUAAAUUAAUCUUCUUUUUAUAACACUGGCUAAAACACUAUUGCAAAGACAUGGAAAAAUGAGGUUUUGAACUCACAUAUAUUCAAAAACUUUUUUUUACAAAAAUUACACUAUCUGAUCAGUUAUAUAAAUACCAUAGACAUGUUAUGGUGUUUAGAGGAUGUUUCUCUGUAAACAGACAAGGUACUUAUCUAAUUAAAACUUGAUCUACUGUUGACUGUUCUCCCUGAUUGCCUAAGGAGUGGGUCAGAUAAGACUGUGAUAGCUUAAUUGACAGCUUGUCUGUCAAAGGGUACUUUACAUAAAACUGCAUUAGUAUCUGUUUUGUAAAGCUGAUGCUUUUACUUGGAAAGUCAAGUUAGACUGAUGGCCUGUUUUAAAGGCUUUUUCCUGAUGUCAUUGUCUCAUUUUUGUGUUCAAACACCUUACUGAAGUGGCAUUUAUAUACAUGCAGGUAAAUCUAGGGUGUCUGUUGCAUUGUUUCAGAUUUAACACGUUUUAUUUAAUACUGUGCAGUAUGUUAUUACUAUGAGUGCAGGAUUCACAUGUUUACUGUCUAAGUUCCUUCCACUGUGUCUUAUUGUUACAUUUUUAAAAAGGAUACAGGCAUUAAAGCAGACUCAUGGCAUAUGAAGCAUAAUCCAUUCAUAUUUUAUUUUUGUAAUUCUGCCAUUGUAGGUAUCACUUGAUAAUGUAGUUACUGUACAAAAUUUCAACCUUCCAUGCAAGUAUGUCCAUAUAGCCAUUCAGCAGGGAAUAGUUUGUAUGAACAAACAGUCAAUUUUAACUCGAGGGGAGAAUAUACUAAAAAUCAGUAGGGAUUAAAUGUAGGUUAAAAAUAAGAUCACUAGUCCAGUGUAGUAAAGCAUAAACCAAAGAAAAUGGUUAUAUGUAUAAGUCCCUACACUAGUUUUCAAGGGAAAUUAUGUACUGUAGUAACACUAAUCCUUUCUCAAAAUUCAAAUUUCUCAUUGAAAAACUUUUAAACUUUAGUUAAUGCUUGAGGAAAAUCCAAAUUUAAAUUUAGGGAACUGCCUAGCAGGCUAGCAUUUGUUUGUCAUUCACAAUUCUGCUGAAUUCACAAUGUAAUAAAGUUUACUGAAUGUCUAUCCAUUGGGUUAGUAGUUAAGCUGAUUAUGCCGUAUUCACACUAGAGACUUUGCUUUGAAAUAAGUUUCACUAUUUUGAAUUGCAGUAAAAAUGGUCCCUUUAAUGAUUACUGUAAACCUGAGAUUGCAUCCGUAAAUAAGAAUUUGCAUAACAUGAGUCACUAUCAAAAUGACUUAUUUUCUUGGAAGCCUUUUUCCCCUCUUAUACAAUAGCUACUGUAGUGCUUCAUUUACCUGAAGUGUCAUAAAAUUCUAUUUCUAAGUAAAUACUUCUAGGAUAUGUGUAAUUUUUUAAUUGCUUGCAGCAGUAGCAAAGGAAAAGAAGUAACAGUUGUACAUCAAAAACCAUGGUACAGUAUUAAACAUUUUUGAAUGAAGUGGGUAUGCACCACCACUUAUGACAGUCAGCAUGAGUAUCAACUGCUGUGUCAAAGACAGAUGGAAAUUGCUGCUAUACCAAAAUUCCUGUAGGAGCUGGGUGAAGAAAAAAAGUAAAUGUAUAAUUCAACACUGAUUGGGUCAUUUUUCUCAAAGCAGGAGGGUGCAGUAUGGGGAAGUACUGCUAUAUAAAGAUGCAAACCUUUAUCAGAUUUGUUAGAUGAAUAUGUUAAUGACUGUUGUGCACAGCUCUAGAUUUUCACUUUGAAUCUGUUUUACCUAUGUAAUCAUACUUUACUGCAGCUCACUUGUCUUAAUUUUGUUUUCAGAAACUAAUAUGACACUUGCUUCACUUCCCCUUUUCCUUUUUCCCUUUCUUUUUGCUGUCUCUGGCUUUUUGGUUUUUGUUUUUGCUAUUGUAAGUCU